AUGCCUCAGCCGCACACCCUGCCCUCCGCUCCAGCCGGAGGAGGACCCGGCGCACGCCCUUCCACCGCGCAUGCUCCGCCCGCCCCGGGCUCGGCCUGCCGAGGAAUGUUGGGCUCCCGGCGCCCCGUAGUUUCCCCGGCAACCGGCAGGAAGCGUGGCCGCGCGUGGGGCUGCCCGCCGCCGGGUCACGGGUGGGCCGGGCCGGGCGACGGGGGGAUCGCGGAAAACGAGGAAUUGCUGCUGCUCCCUUUCUCUGCCUCAGCUGCGCUCCGGAGAGGGCUCACACAGCGGGGUAGCAAUGUUCUAAACAUGUCAUCAGGCACCCAGAUAAAAGCAAAGGCUGCAGCACAGAAAACCAAGACCUCCUCUCCUUUGCCAUCUUCUCCAGAACCUGCGGUUAAGCCACAGCCAAAGCCCAGUGACAAGCUGAAUCCCAAAACUAUUGAUCCAUUUGCUGCUCCUUCUAGAACGCCUUCUGCAUUUGCUGCUACGUAUGCUAAAGGUGGCAUUCCAUGCAGGUUAAUGCAUGGAUCAGUAAAGCACAGACUGCACUGGGAGUGCCCUCUUGAAACAGUUUCUUUUGAUCCUCUUCUUGUAACUCUAGCAGAGGGUCUGAGAGAGACAAAGCAUCCCUAUACAUUUGUUUCAAAGGAGGGUUUUAAAGAAUUACUUCUGACUGAAGGUGCUACUGAAAAAGCCAUUCCCUUGUUGCCUCGUCUAGUUCCUGUUUUAAAGGCUGCAUUGGCCCAUUCAGAUGAUGAAGUAUUUGAAAGGGGAUUAGAUGCUUUAGUUCAACUGAGUGCUGUUGUUGGCCCAUCUCUUAACGACCAUCUUAAGCAUCUGCUUACAAAUCUUUCAAGGAGAUUAAUGGACAAGAAAUUUAGAGAAAAAAUCACUGUUGCUUUACAGAAGUUGGAGCAAUAUGGUGGAAAGGCAACGGUGACUAUCAUCAAAUCUAAAAUUCCAACCUAUUGUUCUGUAUUCCCCUGAACAAAAAAUCCAUAGUGAUUUGUGAGUUCAAGUCUGAAGAUAAACUGCCUGUGAACAUCACUUUGUGGCACACGUGGAUGCUGUUCUGGUUCACCAGGACUUAGUGGAUUAGACACAGAAUUGUAAGAGCCCACCUAGACAUUCUGAGAGUCAGCUUUUGAAGCAAUGUCACAAUGACGAUCGGCCUAUCUCUGAAAGCAUUUCACCUAUUGGGAGGUAUUGGCAUGAAACUCUGGACAAUAUAUCUUAAAAAUUACAUGUAUUGGAAGGGGCAUAAGUAUAUUUUAGGUACAUAUAUUUUUAUCUAGGUUCAUAUUUAGGUUUCUCGAAUCUUAAUGAAAAAAUUAUGCUAAAAAAUUUAAUGCAGUUAUCACAUGUAUAUAAUAUUGUAUAGUUGAAGCUUCAUUUUUUCAUCCUGAAUCUUAAAGAUACUACAAAAAUGCUGACACAGAUGUUAGCUCGUCUAGUAGUCAUUAGUAGAUGUUACUGCCUAGUGAUAUUCAUUCUGUGCACUGAAAAGGGAUGAAAAUUUUAAAACAACUUUUUUUUUUUUUACUUUAUUAAAGGCAACAAGACACUCAUGGAAACAGUGUUAGGAGCUAGUUAAGUUUUCUUCAUUAAAAAAUUCAAAUUCAGAAGAUUCUUAAUUUAGAAGUACAGUAGGUAGAAUAUCUUGAUGUUUUUGUCAUGAUCAAUUAAAUGCAGAUUUACUAGAUAAGCAUGCUUGAUAGAAGCUUACCAGUAUUUGUUAGGGAACAGAACUACUGAAGCAGUCAUAAUUUCAAUGUGUUUAUUGUUUAACACUUCUUCCUCUCACGUUAC